GCUGGAGAGGAGAGCAAGCUGGCAGGCAGACCGGGAGAGAGAAAGCGAGGAAGCACACACCCAGUCAUCAUCUAACCAUCCAAACGCACAUCCUCUUUCGACAGACACACCGACACACAGGCAGCUCCCCCCACUCCACCCGCUCCCCCUGACUGCAGCCGGGUUAGAGAAGGAGGCGCCGGGCAGGAUGCGCGAUGGGACAGGCGUGCGGACACGCGCUCCUCUGCCGUAGCCAACCUCCGUCCUCUGAAAUACGUGGUCAGCAAGUGUUUCUGCGUCCUGAGGAAAGUUCAGUCCCGGCUCUGGGCACCAGGCAGUCCACCACGUUGUCCGAACAGCUCCAGGAUGCCUUGCUGCGGCUGGCAGCAGUUGUUGAUGUACGCUCGCUCCGAGUGGCCCUGCGAGACAGCAUUCAGGAGCUGCUCCCCAGCACGGAGUGUGUGUGCAUCUUCGUGCUGGAGGGAGACUCGAGGCUGCUGUGUGACGACCCGCCGUAUGAAGUGCCACAGGAGGGGAAGAUCAGGAGUGCUGUGGAGCAGCAGAUGCGGUGCGAGUGUGCCGGUCUCCCUCCAUCUGAACUGCCAGAGAAAUACAGGCUCUUCCUCGCUGCACCGUUACCGGCACACAGGAGAGCUCUUGUAAUUCCCAUCUCGGAUCAGGAUCACACCAAGGUCCUAGCCGUCUUACUGGUGGGAUGUGGCCCGCUAUCAGAUCAAGACGAGCUGCAUCUGAAUGUGCUGGGAAAACACGCCUCGGUGGCAUGUGUUCGCAUCCAGGCUGUGCAGGCAUCCUAUCAGAGGCCCCCUCUGAGCCCGUCUCCACUGCAGUCCCACAAUGCUCUGCUGCACCUCAAUGUCUCAGAGCAGGACUACUGCGAGCUUGAUCGCAACAUUCUGCAGCUCUGUGGUGAGCUCUAUGACCUUGAUGCCGCUUCUCUUCAGCUCAAAGUCAUCAAUUAUCUGCAGCAGCAGACCAAGUCUCAGUGUUGCUGUUUGUUGCUGGUGUCUGAGGACAACCACCAGCUAUUCUGCCAGGUGGUUGGAGACAAAGUUCUGGAGGAGGAGAUCAGCUUCCCGCUGAUGUUUGGACGCUUUGGUCAAGUCGUGGAGAAAAAAAAGUCUAUUUCCCUCCAGGACAUCAGUGCUGAAGAACGCAGGCAGCUGUCCAGCAUGCUGGGCUGUGAGAUCUCCUCCAUGCUUUGUGUCCCUGUUGUCAGCAGGGCCACCGGUCAUGUGGUGGCGCUAGCCUGCGCUUUUAACAAGCAGGGUGGACAGAGACAUGCAGAGGCAGACGAACACGUCAUCCAGCACUGUUUCUGCUACACCUCAACGGUCCUCACUUCCACUCUGGCCUUUCAGAAAGAACAGAAACUAAAAGUGGAAUGCCAGGCACUUCUGCAAGUAGCCAAGAAUCUCUUCACACACUUGGAUGAUGUGUCAGUGCUGCUGCAGGAAAUAAUUGUGGAGGCCAGGAACCUGAGCGAUGCAGAGAUCUGUUCAGUGUUCCUGCUGGAUCGAGUUAGCCAUGAGCUCGUGGCGAAGGUGUUUGAUGGAGGUGUUGUUAGUGAAGAAGAGAAUGAGUUUCGUAUCCCAGCCGAUCAAGGCAUCGCAGGCCAUGUUGCAACCACCGGUCAGAUUUUAAACAUUAAGGAUGCCUACUCCCAUCCUCUCUUCUACCGCGGCGUGGACGAUAGCACCGGCUUCAGGACUCGCAACAUUCUCUGCUUCCCCAUCAAAGACGAAAACAACGAGGUGAUUGGUGUAGCGGAGUUGGUGAAUAAAAUGAACGGGCCAUGGUUCAACCGCUUUGAUGAAGAUCUGGCCACAGCUUUCUCCAUCUACUGUGGAAUCAGCAUUGCCCACUCUCUGCUCUACAAGAAAGUCCAUGAAGCUCAGUUCAGGAACACGCUUGCCAAUGAAAUGAUGAUGUACCACAUGAAGGUGUCAGAGGAGGAGGUGACUAAGCUCCUUGUGACUGGAAUCGAACCCGUGAAGGAGAUUCAUCCGUGUUUUGCAGAGUUCACCUACACUCCCCGUUCCCUUCCUGACGACACGACGCCUCAUGGUGUCCUCAGCAUGUUUGAAGAUAUGGGUUUCAUCAACACGUACAAGAUUGACCUGCACACUCUCGCCAGGUUCUGUCUGAUGGUGAAGAAAGGCUACAGGGAUCCUCCAUACCACAACUGGAUGCAUGCCUUCUCUGUCUCACACUUCUGCUACCUGCUCUACAAAAACCUAGGGUUGUCCAACUACCUCGAGGAUAUAGAGAUUUUAGCUCUCUUUGUUUCCUGUAUGUGCCAUGAUCUGGACCAUCGCGGCACUAACAAUUCUUUCCAAGUGGCCUCGCAAUCAGUCCUGGCUGCUCUCUACAGCUCUGAGGGAUCUGUGAUGGAGAGACACCACUUCGCCCAGGCAAUUGCUAUUCUCAAUACACAAGGCUGCAACAUCUUUGAGAAAUUCUCCAGGAAGGAUUACCAGAGGAUGCUGGAUCUAAUGAGAGACAUAAUUCUGGCUACAGACCUCGCUCAUCACCUUCGAAUUUUUAAGGACUUGCAAAGAAUGGCUGAUGAUGGAUACAAUACAAAGAGUCGCACCCAUCACUCCUUGCUGCUGUGCCUGCUGAUGACUUCCUGUGAUCUGUCAGACCAAACCAAGGAUUGGAAAACAACACGCAAGAUUGCAGAGCUGAUUUACAAAGAGUUCUUCUCUCAAGGAGAUCUGGAGAAAGCCAUGGGGAACAGACCAAGUGAGAUGAUGGACAGAGAGAAAGCGUAUAUCCCAGAACUACAGAUCAGCUUCAUGGAGCAUAUCGCCAUGCCCAUCUACAAACUACUAUCCGAACUGUUCCCCGGGGCCACUGAGCUGUACGAGCGGGUGGCAGCGAAUCGCGAGCAGUGGACCAAAGUCUCCCAUAAGUUCACCAUCCGUGGGUUGCCCAGCAACAACAGCCUGGACUUCCUGGACCAGGAGUACGAGCUGCUUCAGUCGCAGGGUGCCUUUGGGAGCGACGACCACUGCCUAAACGGCUGUCUCGAUGACACAGAGGGAGGUCAGGGCCAGUGACAGACAGCGGGGCCUCCGACAGUGUGUUAAUCCUGAAAUUUUCUUGUGGUUCAAUAAGAGGCGAAGAAGACCUUUCUAGAGGCCAAGGACAGGCUGGUCCCUCUGAUGUCAACCAUGAUGGUGUGCGUUAGUGGGCCUUGCAGGAUGGAAACUGAAUCAGACGGAUGUUCUGAACCGAUUCGUCUGAGUCACUGAUUCGAUGCUUGAUGUCGCUUGUGUCAACUAGUCGAGGAGCGUAAAAGAUGACGAGUACCUUUCUACAUGUCACACGUUCAUUCGUACAGUACUGAUCCUUCUAAAGAUUGUAAAAAUAAAACAAAUCGACACAUUCGCACAGACAAGGUGGAAGCAUUCGUAGUUGUGGCAAAGACUCCAACGUGUAACAAUGAGAUGAAGUGCUCUACUUUCUGUUACAGCGUGUGUUCAUUUCUGUUGCCACAGAUCCUACCUGCUGCUUAUGAAUGCAUGAUGGAUGGACACCUUACCAGUUACAAGCCAAUCUGUGACCAUUUCCCCCAUUCAUAGGAAAUUAAAGCAUUCUAUUUUUACAUAAUCAUAGCAGAUUUUUGUAUCCACCUCGUCAGAGUAUGUUUAGGAGAAUCAUGACCUCUUUUUGUUCUUGUUCAUUCAUUUCAACAUAUAAACUCUCCUCUGUUUUAGUGGUGUUUAGUCUGAAGUAUUAAAUUAUUAUUUAUCUUCUUUAUAUCAAUAAUUCAAUCCAAAUUAACUUUGACCCAUGUAAAAAAAAAAGUACUUGAUGGCACUGCUUGUCAUUGCAGUGCCAUCAGUUGCAACGACAAGCAACAAGUUUUUUACAAUGUUGUGGAGAAAUUUUGUCACACUAUUAUUUUUUUAAUUGUUUUAAUUUAGCCAUAUUGAAGAGUUUUGUGCGAUGAUUUACCUGAUUAAGAACGUUGAGUGCAGGACAACAGGCAACAAACCUUGCCUUUGUUUCUUUUUUGAGUCAGUGAAAGGUGAACUUGCUGGUGUCAAGUGAGCUAAAGAUAAAGAUCAGAAAUUGAUGACUGCAGCCUUAUUUUAUGUUACGGAGUUGAAUUCAAUGACAGAAACUUGUUGAGGUCCUCAGGCUCAAAUACAAGAUGCCAUUUUUGUCCAUUGUGUUUCUUAUAUUUCAGUCAUGAGCACUGAUUUUAACUGAGGCAGGUGUACUGCUUUAAAUGUUGUUCCGGGUUCCUUUUUUAACGUCUUGGAUGAGCCAUCGACAUGCUUCUGCAUUAAUUAUGAUAAACCAGUCUCUUCCAGAAAGGUUUAAUCACUGCUCUGUUGUUUUUGUUUGUUUGUUUUUCUCCAUUUAGGGAUAGCAGCUAUUAUUGCUGCCUUCAGGAGUCCCAUACCCUCAAAUAUAUAUAUGGAACCUUUGCUAGAUUGAUGCCUUUUAAUUAUAUUUUUCCAUCUGUUCUUGAAAUUCUUUUGGUUGGAGUAUAAUAUGUUGUUUUUUAAGCCUUCUUCAUGUUACAUUAGGUUUUCACGCACCACCAGUAGUUCGGAUAGAUUUUUCCCUAGUAAGUGAAAUUAAAAUUUUAAGACUGCUUUUUGUAUUUACUCUGACUGUCUUUGUCUGAUAUUGAAGGUUGUUUGAUCCUCUGAAACAUUUAAUUUCAAAAAGAAAAUGCAAAAACGGAAAGAGAUGUGGGACAAAUAUUUUCUACAUCACUGUUUUUCUUCAUAAUCCAAAUUAUUGAAUUGCCUUUUUUGAAUUUUUGUAUUUUUUUUCCUUUACUCAUUUGAAGACAAAAAAAGAGAAGCCCUUUAAACAAUCCACCUCAUUUGUUGGUGUAACUGUGCAGUAGAGUGUGUUAAGUAGAGAGUGUCACUGAGUAUGUCCUAUGGAUCUGCCUUAUUGCGUAUCUUUGCUGCCUUUAUUAGAGCUUUUAAUAUAUAAAAGUGGAAUAAAAAGUCUGUUUAGUAUGUUUGUUGAAUAUUCCUAUGGACACUGUGUUGACUGAGAACAUGUAUAUUUUGUAAAACACUUGUUUAAAGACCUCAAACGUUGCAUCUUUUCACUUCUUUUCUAUUCCUGGCAGUCUGUGCACCGUACAUGAAAGCAUUGUUACAUAAGAAACAACGUAAGAAAAAAAAAAGAAUCAACAAGAGAUGUAGCCAUGGUAGAAAACAUCAAAUAGGGUGUGUUUUUCGCAUUUGUGCAUCAAUAAAAAAAAAAAAAAAAAACGUAAAACUUCAGAGAAAUAAGGCUUAG